AGUAAAGCUCCAGCUGAUAGUAAAGCGCAGCCGAUAUAGCAUUCUGGUCCAGAGAUUUCGGAGAGGAUCCUCCAACGGUCACCUUUCGUCGUGUUUACUGAGAGACCGAGCCUGCGUUCCCAUGGCCGUUGCAUCCACAUCUCUCGCCUCGCAAAUUUCCGGUCCCAAAUCGCAGCCUUCGUACUGCCCUAGCUUCUCCGGCCUGCGCCGAUCUUGCUUCAAGCUCGACCACUCUCUCUCCCUCGCUUCCUCCACUCAAUCUCUCUUCCAGCGCGUCGAUUCGCAUCUCCGUCUCGCCUCUUCGCGGAAAGGUUGCAGAGCCGUCGUCUCCAUGGCCGGUUCCGGAAAGUUCUUUGUUGGUGGCAAUUGGAAAUGUAAUGGGUCAAAGGAAUCUAUCACUAAGCUUGUCUCUGACUUGAACAGUGCAAAAUUGGAGCCUGAUGUUGAUGUUGUUGUUGCACCUCCCUUUGUUUACAUCGACCUGGUAAAGAACUCAUUGACAGAUAGGAUUGAGAUAUCUGCUCAAAAUUCUUGGACUGGAAAGGGUGGGGCUUUCACAGGAGAAAUCAGUGUGGAACAAUUGAAAGAUAUUGGUUGCAAAUGGGUUAUUCUUGGCCAUUCUGAGCGAAGACACGUUAUUGGAGAAGAUGAUCAGUUUAUUGGGAAGAAAGCUGCUUAUGCCCUGAGCCAAGGUCUCGGAGUGAUAGCCUGCAUUGGAGAACUGUUAGAGCAGAGAGAAGGAGGAAAAACAUUUGAUGUUUGCUUUCAGCAAAUGAAAGCUUUUGCAGAUGCUGUGCCCAGUUGGGAUAACAUAGUAAUUGCAUAUGAGCCAGUAUGGGCAAUUGGAACUGGUAAAGUGGCAACGCCCCAACAAGCGCAGGAAGUACAUGUAGCUGUUCGUGAUUGGCUUAAAAAGAAUGUUUCAGCAGAAGUUGCUUCUAAGACACGUAUAAUAUAUGGAGGGUCUGUAAAUGGUGGCAACUGUGCUGAGCUUGCAAAACAAGAAGAUAUUGAUGGAUUUCUUGUCGGUGGUGCUUCGUUAAAGGGUCCUGAAUUUGCAACCAUUGUCAAUUCUGUGACUUCCAAGAAGGUUGCUGCCUGAUGAUGCACUGUGAUUUUGGCACCCCGGCAUACAUAUGGCAUUGGGAUCACGGUUUGACAAACCUCGAGCUAGAUCAGUUUCAUGGGAUUUUGAUCAUUUUGUAUUCUUUUCCCCUGCCAUUAAGUUCAAGAAAAAUAUAAAUAAACAACUUGACUUGCAUCUCUUUGCUGGUUCUGUUUCAACAAGAAUAAUAUUAAGUUCACAGAAUAAUGCCCUACUAGAUGGUGUACACGUUCAGUUGCAUAAUUUGCCAGUUCUUACUUGAGUAUGACAAUUGAAACUGCAUCCUGUUUUUGCA